CCGGUCUUCCCAUUCAAAGCUCUCUCUAUCCCUGCUCUCUCUAUCCCUCCUCUCUCUCUCUCUGCCUUACGAAACUUACUAGCUUUCUUGAUUUGCUCUGAUUCUUAGAGCAUAAUCUCUUUUGUUACUGAUUUUUGAUUGAGAGAAAGUAGUAUUUGCUUGGCUUCAUCUUCACUUCUGAAUAUUUUUGUUUGACAAAAACCCUUUUCUCUUAUUCCAGCAAUUGUUCUGAUUCUUGAAUCAAAAACCCAUCUUUUCUUUCACUCUGUUUCUUGUCCUGCUUUAGGCUUAUAUUUUUCUGGGUUUCUCUUCAGAUAUGGGAAUUUCAAAGAAAUCACAGGUGGAAUCUGGAUUAGAAUCCGAAGGCAAAAAAUGGGUUAUCGGUGGAAUCACAAUUAGGACUUCCUUGAAGCCAAUCAACACAAAGCCAAUAGGCAAAGAGACCGAAGAAGGCGACAACAACGAAGAGGCAUGUUCGACAACUCCAACAGCCAAAGAAACAAGAAUACCAGAGAAAUUGUCAUGCCCACCGGCCCCGAGAAAGCGAAGACCUGCUUCAAUAUGCAAUUUUGGUGCCAAAGACUUCUUCACUCCGCCUGACUUGGAGACAGUUUUCAAGUUCCAUGUUGACAAAACAGAUUGAGUUUUGUCUUAAUUUUAUUUAGCGUCAGCAUCUCCUUCUGUGUUCUAGUUAGUAGUAGAGACUAGAGACUAGAGAGAAGUAGAAUUUUAGGGGUUUUUGUUCCGUAGAGUAGAAGAGUUAAUUGUAUACAAAAAGUGCUAUAUCUAUGAAAUGAUGUUGGCCUAGUUUUAGCCCAAGUUUUUUGGUUAAUUCCCUAAUGCCCUUUUUGUAGUUUGCACAACAAUGAAGUGAAAUUGAUGAUUUGAAGAUUUUAAGGUUA